AUGACGACAGUGAACAACGAUGAACUAAUCAACUCCGUAAGCGGUUUCCCACCGCAAACAUCUCUUCUAUUGGCUAAUCCCACGACUCGACCAAUAUUCACGUCCAUUAUUAUCAUACUCCAAGUUUAUCCGGUGCUCAUGUGUAUAUUGGGAUCAUUUGGAAAUCUUCUCUCCUUCUGUGUUCUUCUCCGUGCAAAUAUGAGACGUUAUUCGACAUUUUGUUAUUUAGCAUGUCUUGCACUUGUUGAUCUAGGAGUUAUCAUCACAUUUUGUACUAAUUUCAUAUCAUUAUAUCAUUUCGAUAAUGAUAUACAAAAUGGGCCAUUUGCAUGUAAACUAUUUGCAUUUUGUAUCUAUUUUCUUCCACAAUACUCGUCUUGGAUCCUAGUCGCUGUCAGUAUUGAUCGCGUUAUAUCAGCGAAAUAUCUUCGUCUUGCGAAAACAUGGUCCAAACCGCGACACUCUGUCUUAGUCACGCUACUUCUCGGACUACUUCUCGGCAUAUUAAAUAGUCACUUCUUUCUCUACGAAAAUAACUCUCUCAAACAACAAAUACAACAGCAAUUUAUUCAAAAUAAUCGAACUGCUCUUGAAAGAUUUCUUCCAUCAGAUACAUUCAUACAAGAACAAGCCGACGAGUUUCCAUUAAUCAACAGUAUAUCUGGCUCAUCAGUAUCUUCUUCCUCCUCCUCCUCUUCUUCCUCAUCGUCAUCGUCCUAUUAUGACUCCUUUACACCACCGUCAAUUCAAUCGCUUCAUCAAGAUGUAACUCUUCAACAACCGCAAUCCUAUGAUAGUCUAAUCACGAUUGGCCAAGAGACUAUUCCUUUCUUUGAUGUGAACAUCAUUCACUGUUCCUUGGAAAACUCACCCGAACACGCCUCACUUCAUGUCUAUUGGGUUUGGAUCGAUUUGAUGAUGAACGUCUUCUUACCAUUCACAGCCAUGAUCGCUUGCACGGUGAUUAUUAUCUUAACACUUGUACGUUCAUCCACCCGAUCCGGAUCCACAUCCGCUCGUCGUUCACGUCGUCGUCGUAAUAUUUCUGUUAUGUUGAUUACUGUCAAUCUCGUUUUUAUUAGUCUAACAGCACCUAUUGUCAUAUUUUUAAGUGUUUAUGCAUACGUGAAAGACGACAACAAUUACUAUCGUCAAUCUGUCUUGAUAUUAAUCAAAAUUUUUUGUAUUAUUUUGAUGAAUUUGAACCACUCAAUUAACAUUGUUAUUUAUUCGGUGACAGCGAAAGAAUUCCGCACGGAAAUGACCAAUUUCUUGCGUGCAGUUCUCUACUGGAUCAUCGGCAAGCCAACAAAUCCGCAUGAUUUGGAAUUCAUGGAAGACAACGGUACAUUCUUUUCGCGAUUUCGUCGUUUAAGAUACAAUUUGUUCAAAUGUUGUCAAAUCAAAAUGCGCAAUAAUUCGUCGAAUGACAACGAUUCCAGCGGUCAACAUCCAACGAAUGCGCCCGCCGAACACAGCAAACGUCAAUCGACCAUCGAUGGUAAUAUCGGAAACAAAAUCGCCAAACAGAAGAAGCCCGGCCGAAACGAAAAGAAAAAACGCAAAUCUUCGUAUGUACGCUAUAGUGAAACAUCGACAACGCAUCGAAAUAGUAAUCGUUUAACUGUACAACUUCAAUCGGAACAUCGGUCAUCCGUAUUCGAACGUGAAGAUCUCUCACUACAAGAUAAAUCGAAUUCAACUGAAGGUUAG